CAUAUUAUGUUUUACAUGGGCUUAGAACUCCGCCAUAUGAGUCUCGUUGCUCGAGGCACCGAUGAUAAGGAAGUCGUCGUGGUGAUUCCGAUGGCCUCUUCGCCGCCGUCGGCUGCUGCUCCGCCUCCUUCGACUCCUCCUCCGCCACUGGUGGCGAAGAAGGGCUUCUUUCGUCGCUUCCUGCCUUUCUUCCUCGCCGCGAACCUUGGCAUCGGAGCAUAUGUCCUUAUAAAACAGUUAUCUGAGAAGAACAAUGAAGCUGAAGAGCAGGUGACUGCUCCAGCGACACCCACCGAAUCUGCAGUUACUGAGAAGAAAUCAGUUGUCGUACCUACUCCUGCACCCAUAAAGGUUCUCCCACCAAUUCCAGAACAGGAGCAACGACAGCUUUUCAAGUGGAUUCUGGAAGAGAAGAGGAAAGUCAAGCCUAGCGAUCCAGCAGAGAAGAAGAAGCUUGACGAGGAAAAGGCUCUCCUGAAACAGUUUAUUCGAGCAAAAUCUGUACCAAGCUUAUAGAAACCUCAUCCUUGCUUUCUUUGAAGAAUUGCUGUGCCUGAACAUGAAAUGGGUGUCAUCAUCUUAUCUUCCUUGAUUUGAAAUGGAAUGGGUGUGGUUUGUUUUCA